GAUGUCUUGGGAUCUUUAACAUUUGGGAUGCUGCAAAUGCCGAAGUUAAAUGAAAUACCUCCCGGGAGGGAAGGCCGGGAGGAGGGUCGGGGAGAGAGAAGAUGGCCUGGACAAACAGGUCCUGAAGCUUCGAGGCAGGAACGGGGGGCGCGGGGACAGGCGGGCGGCGCCAGAGCUCCAUGGGACAGCUGGGGAAACUGCAGGCCACUGACACAUCCUGGCUCAGCUUGGGAACGGUGUCACCCCUCCCUACUCUGUGCCCCCUCCUCCCAGAAAUCCACCAUGGAGAGUAAGGAUGAGGUCAGCGACACUGACAGCGGCAUCAUCCUGCAGUCUGGCCCUGACAGCCCGGUGUCCCCAGUGAAGGAGCUGACCCACGCGGUGCGCAAGCAGCAGAGGGCCCUGGAAGAGCGGCUGGAGGCAGACCUGGAGGAGCUGAAGAGACUCUGCCUCAGGGAGGCGGAGCUGACGGGUGUCUUGCCGGCCGAGUAUCCCCUCAAACCAGGGGAAAAGGCCCCCAAGGUCCGCCGCAGGAUUGGAGCAGCUUAUAAACUGGACGAGCGGGCCUUGCACAGAGAGGACCCCCUGAGCGGCCUGGAGCGGGAGCUAGCCCUGCAGCUGCAGAUCGCCGAAGCGGCCCGCCGCCUGUGCCGGGAGGGGAACCUCAGCAGGCAGGCCCGCCGGCAGCGGAAGCAUGCCAUGCUGCAGGAGGAGAAGAAGCUGAGGGAGCUGGAGCGCUGCCUGGGCGAGCAGCGGCGCACCAGUGGGCCCCCUCCCGCCGCUGCCCUGCCCCUGGGCCGAGAGCUCAGCGCCUCAGAUGACAGCUCUCUAUCAGAUGGGCUGCUCCUGGAGGAAGAGGAAUCCCAAGUGCCAAAACCUCCCCCAGAGUCCCCAGCUCCACCUUCCCGGCCUCUCCCACCCCAGAGCCUGGAGGGGCUGAAGCCAGCAGGACCUGAGACUGGGGGCCUGGAGCGGGCCCCCAUCCAGAACAGUCCCUGGAAGGAGACCAGCCUGGACCACCCCUACGAGAAGCCCAGAAAAUCUUCUGAACCCAACAGCGAGUCCAGCAGCCCAGCCACCACGCCACAGGACGGGCCCGGUGCCUCCAGCCUAUGGCUGCUGGAGCCCGCCUCCUACCAUGUGGUUCCCAUCCGCAGCGUUCCUGGCCAGCGGCAGGGCCGCACCAGUGCCCCAGCCACCCCUGAGAUGCAGGGGAGGAGGGGCCAGGCGCAGUCUCUGAGGAUGGAUUCCUUCCGGGCGGGUCCCGAGGGCCGAGGCCGCAGCGCCUUCCCCCGCCGCCGCCCCACUCACUACACGGUGACGGUGCCCGACUCCUGCUUCCCCCCGACCAAGCCCCCGCUGCCCCACCCCGCCUACCACUCCUGCUCCGAGGACAGCGGCUCCGACGUCUCCAGCAUCUCGCACCCCACGUCGCCGGGCAGCAGCAGCCCCGACAUCUCCUUCCUGCGGCCCCUGUCCCCGCCCGAGCCGCCCCGUCCCCGCGGGGCCUGGGUCCCGGCCGGCGCGCACUACCCCAAGCUGCUGCCGCCGCCCGGGCGCUACGUGCUGGUGGCCGAGAGUCACCUGCCGCCGCCAGGCGAGUGGGAGCUGGGCCGCGCCGCCCUGGGCCCCGCCUACGAGGAGGACGCGGCCGCGCUGCGCUGGCAGAGGCUGGUGGCCUCCCGCGGCCGCCUGGUGCGGACGCCCUCCCUGAAGGACAGCCCCGCGGGCCGCGCGCUCAGCAAGGCGGCCGUGUCCGAGGAGCUCAAGUCGUGGCACGAGCGCGCGCGCCUCCGGAGCGGCCGCCCGCACUCGCUGGACCGCCAGGGGGCUUUCCGCGUCCGGAGCCUGCCCCCCGGGAGAGAGGGCUUCGCGCGAGCCCCGGCUCCCCGGACACAGGUGACCACAGUGUAUGUGCCCCGGAGAUCGCCCGAAGGGGCCCCUGUGCAAGUCUUUGUGCCUGAGAAUGGCGAGAUCAUCAGCCAGGUGUAACCAAGGCCGGGUGUCACCGUGUGCCCUGAAUGCCUCGACCUGGCUGCCGGAAAAGACUGUUCCACAGCAGAGCUGGAGCCGAGACCUCCCUGCCUCGAGUGCCUUCUUCGGCUCCUUUACCCCAUCGCGGGUCGAUGACCUGGAGCUGAGCCUUUUUUUUUUUUUUUUUUUUUUAAUGUCUUUUGUUCAGAAACCCUGGCCUUAGGAUUUAUAUUGUGAUUUGUCCUCAAGAUCCCAAUAAUAUGA